CAGAAUGUAACCUUAAAAUCCGACUGUAUGUUAUAUCUUCUAUCCAACGGUACACCGGUUUCUUUCGCAGUCCGCACGCAUUUCACACCGCGCUUCCUGUCCAGGGAGGGGAGUCGUCGACUUCAACGCUCGCGAUCGGCGUCUUCCCACGGCUCACUCUUGACACCAAGUACUGCAUCUAAAAGCCAAGACUCUCCUCUAUCUUCUCCUUCCUUCUACCGCCGUCAGCACCGCCUAAAAGCGGCACAGUCCGAUGCAGUUCCAAGACCGAGAGCACGUCGAGGCAUUGCUCGCCUCCCUGGUGCAGCGUCUGGACGUCAACGAUGCUGCUACCCGGACGACUCGCGUAUCGGAGCUGUACGCGGCUGUAGCGUCUCUCAGUCGGCAGCUGUCAGCUGAGCGCUUCGCCAAGGCCCUGGGCCAGCUCACCCCUCAGCUCUACACCUUGCUACAACGAGCCUCCGAGAGCGCGCAAUUGGGCGCACUGCUGGCCAUCGAGCGCCUCAUCGACGUGUCUAAUGAAGACCAAUUCAUCCGCUUCGUCAACUACUUGAGGUACUUUUUACAGCAGCCUCAAACCAGCAGGAGAGCACUACUGGCAGCUUCUUCAGCCAUGGGGAAACUAGCGACCUCUAGUGUCAGUGGGACGCUCGUAGCGAGCUUCGUAGACUUCGAGGCCAAGAGAGCGUUCGAGUGGCUUCAAGAGGGACAGCCAGGCACUCACGCAGCCAGGAACGAGGCACUAGUGAGUCAACGACGAUUGGCAGCGUGCUUCGUGCUGCGAGAACUGGCUCAGGCAGCCCCCACACUGUUCCAUGUGAACUUAACCACCUUCUUCCAGAGCAUUUGGGGAGCAGUGAGAGACCAGAAGGUCGAGAUCAGAGAGGCCGCGACCAGCGCACUAGCAGCGUGUUUGCAGCUGAUUACUAGGAGACAGACGCGACACAGAGUGCAGUGGUACUGCAAGGUGUAUGACCAAGUGUUUGAAGGUUUGGCUCUGCGUCCCAGUGCUUCGGGAUCGAGCUCUCCGCCUAGUACUGGCCAGACAUUGGCCUCAUGGGAGUGUGCUCAUGGAUCUUUACUCGUCAUCGGAGAGCUGAUCGCCAAUACAGGACGAUUCAUGGUCCCGAGAUUUCGAGAGGUGUGUGAUACGGUGCUGAGAUACAAGGACGCCAAGGAGAGACUGGUGAGUCGUGCUGUGUCGAGACUGUUGCCGCAGUUGGCGGAGUUUUGUCCGGGAGCUUUCGUGCAGUACUAUUUGGAUAUCUGUGUGGCGCAUUUGACCAAGCGGAUCUUGGAGUAUUCAGCGCCGCCGUCGGAGCGUGGCGUAGCGUUCUUAGCUAUGGGCAGACUGUCGUUGGCUGUGGGUGAUGCGUUGCUCCCUCAUCUUCCUCCUAUUCUGAAAUUGGUGAAGGAAUCGCUGGCGCCACAUACUGGAUCGAAACGCAAACGAGCUCGCAACAAGCUGUUCUGCGUCGAAACUCUCACAUGUGUGGCCAAUAUGUCGCGAGCUUUAGGACCACGAUUCGAGCCGUUCCUGUUCCAGGAUGGAGUGCUGGAGACUAUGAUGAUUGGCGGGCUUAGCGACGAGCUGAUUGAUUCUCUUGCCGAGGUUGUUGCCAGUGUACCAAGCGCGCUUCCUUAUGUCCAAGAACGGCUGCUAAAUGAGAUCUCUGGCAUCCUGCGUGGCACCCCGUUCUCGCUGGGUAGCGGUGGUGCCGUCUAUCCACCUGGAAGUGGUGGUGUAGCAGGCAGUUCUACUAGUGGAGACGGCGGUGAGCUGACACUGGAUGCAUCGUACUAUGACACUGCCACUGAAGCUCCUCCCGUAAAGCAAACAUCCGUCCAAGCACUGUUUUCGUCGAUGAAGCGAGGCUUUUCCAGUGCUGAGGAUGAUCCGUCCAGUGGGAGUGGCUCAUUGAUGAUCAAGGGCGAGACGGGCGACGAGAUUGAUACGAUUUUGUUGUCUUUACGUACGCUGAGCUGCUUUGACUUCAGUGGCAGCUUCUGUCUGUUGCCAUUUGUGCGCGACUGCGUUGCUUUGUAUCUGAAGAACCCGGAUGCACGUAUUCGCAAGCAGGCAGUGAUCACGUGUAGCAAGCUCCUGCUGCCAUCACCUGAUUCUCCAGAUACAGCGUUAAUGUCUUCGUGGAGACACGUGAAGAAGCGUGGACCCAGCGGACGUGUGAUUGAUCUUGUGCUCACACAACUGCUUCAAGUUGGUAUCUCGGAUAUGGAUGUGGCCGUACGAAGGAGCGUUGUGGAGUCCUUGGAUGCACGCUUCGAUGAGCUGUUGAGUCAGGAGACGCACUUAAAACUGAUCUUCCUGCUGUUGAAUGACGAGAACGCCAAUAUUCGCGAACGCGCGAUGCAAUUACUGGAGCGCUUAGCGCCUCGCAAUCCGGCUUUCGUGAUGCCGUCAUUGCGUCGUGUGAUAAUCCAACUGGUCACAGAGUUACAGCACACGUCUGAUCUUCGAAUGCGCGAGGACAGCACCCGUCUUCUGGGACACCUUAUUCGUGGUGCGCAGCAUUUGGUUGACCCGUACGUUGUACGUAUCCUUGAGGUUCUUCUACCGAUUCUUGUACGUGGCAAUGCCCCAUUGACGAUGGCAGUCUUGGUUACUCUUGGUGAGCUGGCGUUGGUGUCGCGUACGCAGAUCGCUGCAUACGAACGCUAUCUCUUCCCGCUUAUCAUCCACACACUACAAGACCACUCAUCCAUUGAGAAGCGACAAGUGGCGUUGCAGACAUUAGGUCAACUGGCGGGUAGUACCGGCUGCGUGGUUCGUCCGUAUCUGGCGUCACCCAAGUUAUUGGAGAUCUUUCUCAGUCUGUUACAUCACAACGUGGGCAGCCCGUGGUCUCUGCGACGUGAGGCAAUGAGAACUAUCGGCAUUCUCGGUGCAUUGGACCCGUACAAGUACAAGCUGUGUAUCUCGAGAGCCUCGUUGCGACAAGCUAACGAAGUCGCGUCCACGACCGGUACAUCGGCGACUAAGGAAGAAACGGAGAAGAACGCGGACACUGCGCCACUCGGCCUGUCAAAAUCGAUUGCUGGCUCUGCGGCAUCACAAUAUCCAACGUUGGAAAUCGACUUAAAGGCUUUGGGCGUAACGAUCAACCUCGCAAGCUUCGACCGCAAGGCAACGAGCGACGCACUGGAUGAGAAACAGCAGAUCGAGCUGCAAUUGUUCACUGCUGCGCCUAUUGGAACCAGGAAAAUUGACGCCGGUGCAGGCGCUGGCACGUUGGGUAUUGGCUCGCAAUCCUCUCAUCCUAUCAGUGGCGCAGCUGGAGUUUCUGCAGGGGCUGCGUCGUCUUCGCUAUCCUCCUCGUCACGGAAGAAACGGCAGAUCGGCUCGAUCGGCAUGAGUCUAAGUGACGAUUCCUUUGACUUCGAGAGUUCGUUGAUGGACAACGAACUGGAACUGGAUCCCACUGAAUUGUCUCCAGCGUCGGAGGCGUAUUUCCCUACGGUGGCUAUUCACGCGCUACUGCGCAUUCUACGCGAACCAUCACUGAACGCUCACCACCACGGCGUCAUCCAGGCCAUCAUGUUCAUCUUCAAGAGUCUCAGCACGCAAUGUGUGCCAUUUCUCAAGUAUAUCUUGCCGCCAUUCUUGCGGGUUCUUUCGCGUGGUGAACCGCGACUUCGCGAGUCGCUUUUCCUGCAACUCACGACGCUGAUCUCCAUCGUCAACGCACACAUGAAGCCAUUUUUCCCGCCGAUUAUGGUGCUCGCGCUGCGGUUCUGGGGGUCGCAUUUGACGCAGAUUGUACGUCUCGUAGAGAAAAUCUCGCAGGCGGCGCCGCACGAGUUCCGUACCCAGUAUUUCCCCAAGUUACUGCCUAAACUACUUGAGGUGCUUCAGCCGCAUUUCGGAUUAGGCGGAGCUGCCGACGGUGAGCUUGCUGGAGCUGGCGCAGGUGUAAGCGGAGCAACACAAGGCUCUGCAGACGGUGUGAGUGUUGUUGGGGGCAGUGGAGAUCAUCAUGCACAAACAGGUGACAGCACGUCGGGUGGAUCCAAUGAUCAGGUGUCCAGUACCUACGACAUUGUACAGAAUGGCAGCGCGGAUGGCACUGCUGCCGUUGCAGUGGCAGCGAUCCAAGUGCAAGUGGUGCAGUCCUUGAUUGUGUUUGGCGAUGCUGUGGAGGACUACGUGUAUCUGGUGGUGCCUGCACUUGUGCAUCUCAUGGAAAGCUUGGAUACUCCACUUGAAGUGAAGAUCACUACUGUCUACGCUCUAGCGCGUAUAUGUGUGGUUGCCAACUUUGAGCAGUAUGCGGGACCAAGACUGCUGCAGCCUCUUGCACGUGUGGCAUCGCAGGUUUCAGCCAAGGGGGCGUUCUUCUUCAGUCGCUCCAGUAGCAAUGCUGCCGUCACUGUGAGUGGUGGCUCCCAUGUACAAGGAUCGAAUGGAAGCGGAUCGUCGGGCGCAGCAGCGGCACGGAUUGCUACGUCCAAGUCCGAGGCUACACGUUUCUCCGAGGUGAUGCUGUAUGCCCUAGGAGCUCUGGUGUUCCAGCUGCAAGCAGAAGUCUUAAGUUUUGAGCCAUUGAUGCAGCAGAUCAUCGCGUCACUACCGUUCUCGCACCGCGGCAAUCUUGCAACGGCUGCUAAUGAUACUGAAGGUGGCAGUCCCUCUUCAUCACCACAAGCCAUGGUACAACGGAUCGCUCAGGCACUGGAGAGUUUGCGUCGAGGCGCUCGUGUGCCUCGAGCGUUCCUGAUCGACCCGGCGUUUAUGACGUCUACUCUACGCAAAUUCUCCACCGAGCUACAGGCGCAGACUGCAUCAUCGAUGACUCCAGCGGCGUCUCCACCGACAAGUGUUCGAUUGCACGUCAACCAACAGAAUCUGCGACGAGCGUGGGAAGCUUCGCAACGCAGCACGAAGGAAGACUGGCUCGAGUGGAUGCGACGCUUCUCGAUCGAAUUGCUGCGUGAAUCCCCCAGCGCUGCACUGCGUUCUUGCUGCGCGCUAGCCCAAGCGUAUAACCCGCUGGCGCGUGCAUUGUUUAACCCAGCAUUUGUGUCUUGCUGGAACGAGCUGUACGAGCAGUACCAGGAUUAUUUGGUUCGAGCACUGGAGACUGCUUUCCAAAGCGACACGAUACCUGCAGAGAUACUGCAGACGCUGUUGAACCUGGCGGAGUUUAUGGAGCACGACGUGGAGGCGCUGCCUAUUGACAUUCGAGAGCUUGGAGAGUUGGCGCAGAAGUGUCACGCGUAUGCGAAGGCGCUGCAUUACAAGGAGUUGGAGUUCCACACUUCGCCCAGCACGUGCAUCGAGGCGCUUAUCUCUAUCAACAACCAGCUUGGUCAACCAGAAGCAGCCGUGGGUAUCUUAAAGUACGCACAAGCACAUCACAGUCGUGUGAUCCAAGUGAAGGAGACGUGGUUCGAAAAGCUGCAAGACUGGCGCGCAGCUCUUGCGUUGUACGACCGACGACUGCAGUUCGCCAAGCAACAAGGUGGAGAGAACGAAACACUAGACAUUGAGGUUUGCAUAGGAAAGAUGCGGUGCUUGGAGGCACUGGGCAUGUGGGAAGAACUGAGUGCACUGGCUGCACAGGUGUGGGCUGCUUUGCGCUCACCAGAGCGUAGUCCGAGCAAAUCUAGUGCCCCGCCGCCGCGAAGUCGCCCAUUGUCUGCUGGCCGGACUGCAUCGAGUAGCUCUGGUGCUGGCCGGGGUCUCCUUCGCCAAGGGAGCAGUAACUACGGUUCGUCUUCGUCGUUGGCUUCAGCCAGUGGCCCUCCGUCAUCGUCGUACCAGCUUGGAGAUGACCGUGGCGAUGAAGGUAAAGCGCUUCGACGUGUGGCGAUGCUUGGUGCUCGAGCGAGUUGGUGUCUGUCGCAAUGGGACAGCAUGACGCAAUACGUGACGGAGUGUGCAGCUCAAAACGACAAAAGCAACGCUAAUAGUGCGGUUAUUUCUCGAGCUGCUAACGGUAAUGGACAAGGCUACGGCUACGGCCACACUCACGGCCACGGAAUCUUCGGAGCAGAUGAAGAUGUCACGGAGUUGUCGCUGUAUGAGUCCGUGUUGGCCGUGCAUCGCGGCAACUUCGAACAGGCAGUGAAACUCAUCGAUGUCACGAGAAAGACGCUGGAUACGAAGCUUGGAGCUCUUGUGGGCGAGUCCUACAGCCGCGCAUACCGCAGUAUGGUGACUCUGCAGCAACUCAGUGAACUGGAGGAGGUCGUGACGUACAAGAAGCUGCGAGCUCAGAUUUCUAAAGGUGAAGAAGCUGCUCGAUACAAGCGCCACUUGAUGCGUAUGUGGCAUGACCGUCUAUCAGGCUGCAAGCGCGUGGUGGAAGUGUGGCAGCAACUGAUUGCCGUCCGUGCGUUGAUCCUGUCGCCACACGAAGACAUCGACACGUAUCUGCAGUUUGCCAGUCUGUGUCGGCAGUCAGGGAACCUCUCGCUGUCGCUCAAGAUAUUCACCAACGCGCUGCACGUGCACGGCGGUGCAGGAUCCAAUGGUACCGGCAUCUCGGAGAUGUUAAGUGUGGCUCCGUCCAGCUCAGCAGCCACUUCCUUCGGAUUCGGAGAAAAAGACCGCAAUCGCGUGGCCUUCGCCUACUUGAAGCACCUCUGGGCUGCCGGACAGAAGCAGGAAGCUCUGUCAGACUUGCAUCGUUUGGUGGUACGUAUCUCAUCCAUGGCUCGACAUCGUUCCCAGCCUCCAGGUGGUAUGGGUGGUAUGCCGUCUCCCGCUCCAGCGAUGAUGCCAAUGCGAAGCGAAGAAGAAGAGCUGCUUGUCAAGUGUCACUUGAAGAUGGCCGAGUGGCAGUUGGCAGUGCACGACCAGCAGAUCGAACAUGUACCGGUGGAAAGUGUGCUGUCUUCUCUACGGUUAUGUACUGAACUGGAGCCGCGUAGCUACAAGGCGUGGCAUGCGUGGGCUUUGAUGAACUUCCAGGUCGUCGAGCACUCGACGCACAGCCAGCAUAUCUCUGCGAACGCGACUGCAUCGGCUGUAGCGGCUUCAGCUUCCGUGGCUCCCUACAUUGCUCCAGCAAUUGAAGGUUUCUUCCGGUCAGUUGCGUUGGGUCGCAGUCGUUGGGCUGCUAACGUACAGCAGGAUAUUCUACGUGUGCUGACGCUUUGGUUCGCUCACGGCCACCGCACCGACGUGCAUGCAGCCUUAGAGAAAGGUUUCCGGUCCGUGAGUAUCGAGACGUGGCUCAUUGUGAUCCCACAGCUGAUUGCUCGUAUCCACACGCCAUACCCACGUAUCCAGAAGCAACUCCAUCGUUUGCUGGUGGCUGUAGGCAAGCAGCAUCCCCAUGCUCUCAUCUAUCCGCUGUCUGUAGCGCUCAAGUCGUCGGUGAGUGAGCGUCAGCAAGCAGCAGAAGCCAUCAUGAGCACCAUGCGGACCAACUACGUGGAGCUCGUGGACGAGGCGUUGCUUGUGAGUCGAGAGCUCAUUCGCGUUGCCAUUUUGUGGCAUGAAAUGUGGCACGAAGGACUGGAGGAAGCUUCGCGGUUGUACUUCGGUGAACACAAUGUGGACGGCAUGGCGGAAGUUCUGCGGCCACUGCACGCCAUGAUGGAGCGAGGCCCAGAGACGCUACGUGAGGUGAGUUUCCACGGAGCCUUUGGUCGAGAUCUACGCGAAGCCAACGAGUGGCUGCAGCGGUUCCUAAGCAAUCGACGCAACGAAUCAGACCUGAAUCGCGCGUGGGAUCUGUACUACCACGUCUUCCGUCGUAUCAACAAGCAGCUGCCGCAGAUCACGACGCUGGAGCUUCAAGUGGUGUCUCCCAACUUAUUAGCAGCGAGAAACCUGCAACUGGCUGUGCCUGGAACAUACCGUGCUGGCCACGCUAUCGUCAAGAUCGGCAGCUUCUUGCCAACUGUGGCAGUUAUCACGAGCAAGCAGCGACCUCGUCGUAUCACGAUCGUGGGCUCCAAUGGGUUGGAGUACAUGUUCCUAUUAAAGGGCCACGAAGAUUUACGUCAAGACGAGCGAGUGACGCAGCUCUUUGGCCUGGUGAACGCGCUGUUAAUCAACGAUCGCAACACGUCCAAGAAGGACCUAAAGAUCCAUCGCUACCCGGUCAUCCCGUUGUCUGACAACGCCGGUAUUGUGGGCUGGGUGCCUCAUUGUGAUACGCUGCACCAACUGAUCCGCGACUACCGUGAAGCUCGCAAGAUCCUGCUGAACAUUGAGCAUCGCUUGAUGCUGCAAAUGGCCCCGGACUACGACGCGUUGACGCUACUGGAGAAGGUGGAGGUGUUCCAGUAUGCGCUGGAGAACACAGCAGGCCAGGACUUGUACAAGGUGCUGUGGCUCAAGUCGGAGAACUCGGAGGUGUGGCUGGAUCGACGCACCAACUACACGCGGUCUCUUGCCGUCAUGUCGAUGGUGGGCUACAUUCUUGGACUGGGCGAUCGGCACCCGAGCAAUCUGAUGCUGCACCGCUUUACAGGAACGAUCGUGCAUAUCGACUUUGGUGACUGCUUCGAGGUUGCGAUGGAUCGAGAGAAAUACCCCGAGAAGAUCCCGUUCCGACUGACACGGAUGCUGACGAACGCGAUGGAGGUGAGUGGGAUCGAAGGCAACUUCCGCUUCUCGUGCGAGAGUGUGAUGGCAGUGCUGCGUGAGAACCGCCACAGUCUCAUGGCGAUGCUGGAAGCCUUUGUGCACGACCCGCUGAUCAACUGGCGUCUGCUGUCGGCGACGAACGUGCAGGCUUCGAGUCACGCUGGCAGUUCAGUGGCGUCUAGUGUCGUGUCGUCUUCGGUAGUUUCCAGUGCGAUGAGUAUGGACAGCGAGAGCGACUAUGAACCGUCUGAAGCCUCUUCUCAUGGACAGUCGGAGUAUUCGUCCGAUAAUUCUUCUCAUGGACCGUAUGAUGAUUCCUCACAUGGACCAUCAGAAGCUUCGUCGCAUGGACCUUCGGAGGCCUCGACGCAUGGUCCAGAAGAGGAGGCACCGCAUCGACGUAGCGAGAGUAUCUCGAUCCCCGAUCCGACACCUUCAUCGACAGCUACACUAUUGGAUGAUCGAGAUGAACCUCGACCUGUUACCAGUAAGGAGAGGAAAGAAGAGAAGGAAGAUGAGAAGAAAGAGAGCGAUGGACCAAGUGCUGAGGAGAACAAGGCUGAAGAUGCUGAUACGAAUACUCAACAAGGACAGCAACUUCCUCCGCGGCCUGCGCCACGUCAAGUCAGCGCCAGUUUGGCUGCUCCGCGUCAGUUGCCUCCACGACCCAAAGAGGAGACAGCGCCACCUCCACUACCGUCGUCGUUGUCGUCGCGUCCGAUGAGUCUCAGUAAGUCGAUCCCGCUGCCGAUGCGCAAGCUUCCGCCUCGUGCACCUGCCAAUCGUCUUCGCGAGGAUACGAUCGAUGAGAACGAGGAGUCCAAUGUCGUUGAGAAGAUCGACUACACGACUACAAACCUGCAUGCAGAGAUCUCGUCCUUAGCGGCCAGCGUAUCCAGCGUUGGCCACUCGAGCUUGAGUCGCAGUUUCUCCGUCACACAGGCUCAGAUCCAGGCGCAGGCUCAGAUACGACAGCAACGACAAGCUGAGCACGGCCAGACAACUCAAGGCGAGCGUCAGCCAGUGGCGCCCAGUACACCGCUGGGCCCCCCACCACGAAUGGCUCCGGCCGCGUCGACCUCGUUUGUGUCUGUGACGGCGGCUGCGCACAUCCCGCCGUCCUCGGAGACUGUCCCGCCGUCAGUGGCCAACAACGAUUUGCACGCCAACCGCAGCGUCCGCGAACGCGAGCUGCUAAAUGCUCUAGGACCCGAAGGUACCGCAGCGCCGCGCGUUGCAUUGAACGAGAAGGCUGUGGCCGUCAUUCGACGUGUACAGGCGAAACUGUCCGGCCGCGACUUUGAAGGCGACGGCGGCGAGCCACUCGAUGUGAGUGCGCAGGUGCAGCGUCUCAUCUCACAAGCCACCUCGCAUGAAAACCUCUGCCAGUGCUACAUCGGUUGGUGUCCCUUCUGGUAACUAAAUGCCCUGCAACUUGCAAGCAAAAUAAGAUAAGUGUGCAUCACUGCAACAAGCACGCGAUCAAUUAUUCAUCGCGAAAACAUUGCCCAACGCUGUUGGGCCCGGUAACUGUGCUGGGUGAUUCAAUGCCCAUCAAAAUUCGGUAACCAACGUCGUUUCGUUGGUGAUGAAUUGCCAGAGAGAUGGCACGAGGUUGUACAUGAUACUUGUUGCAAGUAGCAAAGCUGUAUCAUGGUUGCCUGACAGCAACCCACGUGUGCAGAUGGUCUGCCAGAACUUCCGCGCACGUAAGUAAAAAGCAGAAAACGUUGAAAUGGAUUCCAAAGUUACUAUGGAUAAUACAGCGUUCGCACCUCGUCCAGCAAACUUGGCCCAUGCUUUGCAGCUGGGAGGAUACAGUCCAUUGGAGACACGACACACGCACCACCUCCCCUUGAUUCAAUGCUUUAGCUCCGUCCUUCGCUCUUACGGCGCUGGCGGAGCGAUCGCUUGCGGCUGCAAUUCAACGCCACGCGAACCGAACAGCGCCCGUUUCUCGAUCUGCAAGUCCAGAUCCAGCUUACGGUUUCGCAGUUGCUCCGCGCUCUUCUUCCUCUUGAGCAGAGGCCGGAUCGGAAGCGUCCAAAUGGAUCCGCUCUUGCUCUUCGAAGAGCGCGUACGGCCUCGUUCUCGGCCACGCACGUUCACUGUCACACCCGUCGUGGGUGGCAGCGGGGCCGAGUGAGGGCGACGGGACGCGCGGCCGCUGGCAGCCAAUGCAGCGACGGCCUCGGCUGGCUCACGCGGCUGGGAUCUAGUAGCCGCGUUCUCGUUAUUAAGCACAAGUGUGUCGCAAACGACACAGACCUUCUGCGGUUUCUUCAGACCGUAGAGCGGCACAGGACGGCGCGUGUUGCUCGUGCACUGCAGACAGCAACUCUCUCGGCAUUGGCGGCAGUGGUGUCGACGCCUGUGCAGCGCCUGACCGAAUUUCUUGCCACACACGUAGCAUCCCGCACUCUUAGAGAAUGGCGGGGCCACCACCACACCCGCGGCAAUUGCAGCCGCUUCCCGCCGGGCGCGCUUUACCUGGCGACGACGGAGACGCACACGGUCCUUCUCGGCCUUGCGAGCCAUGCGGAUACGCGUCUUAGCUGCCUUCUUGGCCUGCUUAGCGGCCUGGCGGUUGCUCUUCUGGACCGCCUUAAGCGCCUGCUCGGUCUGUUUCUGCGCCUUCUCCUCCUGGCGCUUAGCCGCUUUGCGCUCCUUUGCCGCGCUCUUGCGCUGCGCCUUGGCCGCGCGCUCGAGCUCCUUAAGGUUGCGCUGUUGCGCCUUCUCGGCCUCGGUCUUUUUCAGCUUGAAGAAAGCCAUCAGAGUGAUGGUAGGCGGCGAUGGAUGGACGUAGGCUCGAGCCGGCAAAUUGCCAAGUGAGAAGGAGGGCGGCCUUUUGUGUGGCUCGAGUGAUGGAAGGCGAGCCGCCCUACACGGCAACGGUUGCCUGAGAGUGUACAGCGGGAUCAAGGAUGGGGGCGGACCAUCACUUCAACAUCAGCGGAUGUAUAAGGAUAUUAAAUCGUAAAGGAAGUGAAUGUCAAUACUGGAUAAGGCUUUUGAAUUAAAGAAAUAUCGAGGGGUAGAAAAAAAUAUAUUCUGAAAGGAGUUAAGGA